CAGGUGUUGAGUAUAAACUUACGUAACUUCUAAAGAUGGGAAGAAUUUUUCUGGAUCAUAUUGGUGGCACUCGCCUGUUCUCCUGUGCAAACUGUGACACAAUUCUGACCAAUCGUUCUGAGCUCAUCUCCACUCGUUUUACAGGGGCUACGGGAAGAGCCUUUCUUUUUAACAAGGUGGUAAAUCUGCAAUACAGUGAAGUUCAGGAUCGGGUCAUGCUCACGGGCCGCCACAUGGUUCGAGAUGUGAGCUGCAAGAACUGCAACAGCAAACUGGGUUGGAUCUAUGAAUUUGCCACUGAAGACAGCCAGCGCUACAAGGAAGGCCGUGUUAUCCUGGAAAGAGCUUUGGUCCGAGAGAGUGAAGGAUUUGAGGAGCACGUUCCAUCUGACAAUUCCUGAAGAGUCUCGAGUCUCUCUACAGGUUCUCUUCAAUUGAAACUCAAAAAUAAUAAAAUCAACAAAAAAAAAAAUCUGCUUACAUACACUGUCACCUUAGCAUCAGAGUUGGAUUCAUAGACUACAAAAUGGGAAAGAUUGUGAGAGUAUUUCAAAUUGAACCUUCCUUCCUUUAUUCCUUUUAUACUUUACUUUCCCUCCAGCAGCUGUUUGUAGAAAGAAUGUUGUGCAGAUGCUGUAACUUUUUCCUCUCUUGUUUUUACAUGUUAGUUUUGAGAUUGUAUCUACAGAUACAACAGGCUAAAAGGAAAGUAUUUGGAAGAUUCGUCAUUCGAUAGAGAGAAAUUUAAUGAGUUUUUUUAGUUUGCAUAAACUGAUGCCAGCAUAAUGUUAUUUUAAAACUACAGAUGUUUUUUAAAAAGUAGAUUCCAAUUUCUGGCUUAAGGUUUUAGUUAGGUUUUUGUUUUGGUUUGUUUUUUUGUGUUCUUUUUUUUUACCCAGUCUUUUCACCUGAUUUGCUAGCUAAAGUGAAAAGAUCUGAAUU